AUGACCCAGUCGUGCUGCUCCCCUUGCUGCCAGCCUACGUGCUGCUGCAGGACCACCUGCUGCCGGACCACCUGCUGCCAGCCCACAUGCUGCGGGUCUAGUGGUUGUGGGUCCAGCUGCUGCCAGCCUUGCUGCCGCCCCACCUGCUGUCAGACCACCUGCUGCAGGACCACCUGCUGCCAGCCCAGCUGCUGCGAGUCCAGUGGCUGUGGACAAAGCUGUUGUGGGUCCAGCUGCUGCCAGCCUAGCUGCUGUGAGUCCAGCUGCUGCCAGCCUUGCUGCCGCCCCACCUGCUGUCAGACCACCUGCUGCAGGACCACCUGCUGCCAGCCUAGCUGCUGUGAGUCCAGUGGCUGUGGACAGAGCUGCUGUGGGUCCAGCGGCUGUGGACAAAACUGCUGUGGCUCCAGCUCCUGCCAGCCUGUUUUCUGUACACCUGUGUACUGCACGAGAACCUGCUACCACCCCACCUGCUGCUGCCUGCCUGGGUGCCUAACCCAGGGCUGUGGGUCCAGCUGCUGCCAGCCUUCCUGCUGCUGA